AUGUUAAAUUCAAACAUCACUUUCAACGUUGGUCAGAAACAUGAGCGAUAUGCUGAACUCUCUGAAAUUCCACAACCACCAGCACGACCUAUCCUCGCAACACGGCAUUCUUCUACUGUUUCAGCGACUUUAGGGAAUAGAAUUCAAAGACACCUCGAUGCUGGAAAACCCUUAUAUAUUGGUUUUGACCCCACAGAUCCUCCGAGGAAUAGUUCAAACAUACAGAGGACUUGUGAAGAAGGGGGAGUGGGAGGGCGGAAAUGUGAAAAAUCGAUUAAAAAAGAUAGAAAAUGGGUGCGGUUUCUUACAUUCGGAGCACCAUUGGAUAUCGCAGUCAAGUUUAUCCUGACGUUUGGAAUGAUGAUGGCUCUUGUGGCAGUUUUCUGGGCCACAAAUCGGGUGAUACAGAAUCGACGACUAGACAAGGAUUUUAACCUCGCACUUGUGGUUGGCCAGAUUAUUUGGGGUGUUUUCUUUGGAGCCUCGUGCCUCUUUGGGAUGGAAUUGAUGUGGGGUAAAUGGAGGAGAUCUCCUAGUGCAGCGCUUUUUUUCACGGUUUCGUGGGUUCUUGUUUCUAUCGUCCUCCUGAUUACCAGUGCCGUUUGGAUCUACUUCUACCUCACCUUCCGCGCUUCCUUGAUCGAAAGGUGUAUGGAACAAACAGUUCGAGUUACCGCAACCUGGGAUAAAGAUUCCCUACGCCGCAUGGCUCCCAAAGCGCAAAUUGAUGGUUGCCUCAGUAGAGUUGGGCCUAAGGUUAGCUGGACAUUGACUUGGGGAAUUCUGUAUGCGCUUUCAUCCUAUUCCGGAUUGAUACUGGUGAUUUGGGGAAUGGAUUACAGAAGACGGUUACUCGAGAUCAAGGAGUGCGAAGAAGCAAGAAAGCUUCCGAGAAAUGGCGAGAACGAUAAGGUGGGGUUAUUGUUAGGCACGGCUCCUCUAGGAAGUUUACCGGGUUCUAGAGCAUAUCCGCCCAGGACAAAUAAUGUUGAGCCCAGGUAA